UCGUAUUCUUAUUUCUUGUGCUAUGCAUGAGCUCAGUGUAUGGAAAAUAUACUACAGGAAACGUAACAUAUGAUAAAUAUUCCCUCAUUAUAGAUGAUGAACGGCAAUUCAUCUAUUCUGGAGCUUUCCACUAUUGGCGUUUACCAAGUCCUUCAUUAUGGAGAGAUAUUCUUGAGAAACUCAAAUCCGCUGGAAUGUCAGCAACUACAGUCUACUUUGCUUGGUCAUAUCAUUCUCCAAAGUCUCAUCUCUAUAACUUCGAGGGAGUUCGAGAUAUUGACAGACUUUUCAACAUGAUAAGAGAAGUAGGAUUAUAUCUUAUUUCUAGGCCCGGACCUUACAUCAAUGCUGAAACCAAUGCUGGAGGCUUUCCAGGUUGGUUAGUGUCAUCUUUGAAAGGACUCGCACGAACUGACGACCCAUAUUAUACUGCUGCCUGGGAGCAAUGGUUAUCUGCGGUCGACCCACACUUGGAAAAGUUUCAAAGUCCUUAUGACGGUCCUAUUAUUGCGGUUCAGGUGGAAAAUGAAUAUGACGUGGGAAACCUUAGUGCGAAGUAUAUGGAACUGUUAGAAGCUAAAUUUAGAAAGGAUGGAAUAGUUGUUCCGUUAACAACCAAUGUAUAUGGUGAUAGAUCUACGUGGACUUCGGGUCCAGGAGCAGUGGACAUUCAAGGAAUAGAUAGUUAUCCUCAAGGUUUUGACUGUAGGAAUCCUUCUGAAUGGCAUGCAAUUCCUACCUAUUUUGCAACAGCGCAUGCAGAAAGCAAUCCAUCAGAGCCAAUGUACAACCCAGAAUAUCAAGGAGGUUCUUUUGAUCCUUGGGCUGGUCCAGGAUACUAUUAUUGCUAUGAGUUGACAAACGGAGAUUUCGAAAGGGUUUUUUAUCAAAAUCAAAUUGCACAAGGAGAAACUAUGUUAAACUUUUACAUGACGUUUGGUGGAACAACUUGGGGCUGGCUACCAUUUCCUGGUGUUUAUACUUCCUAUGAUUAUGGUGCAGCUAUAAAUGAAGGGCGUCAACUAACUGACAAAUAUUCGGAACAGAAGUUGAUGGCAAAUUUCUUCCGAGUCUUUCAUCCUUUAAGGAAGAUGGAUUCUAUUCAAGUUGCAAGUCCUACCAAUCCCACUUUGUAUUUACAAGGCAGAGAAAAUAAAGAUGAUGGAACCCAAUUAUAUAUCUUGAGACAUCAAGAUGGUACUUCAAUAACGAAAGAAACGACAAAGAUUCUUGUUCAAGGUAUACUUGGAGAUUAUCAGAUACCUCGUGAGGAAGGAACUUAUAUUCUGAUCGACAGAAGGGACUCCAAGAUGCUACCUUGCUUUUAUAACUUUGGAAACCAAUAUCUUGUAUAUUCUACUGCUGAAAUGAUGACUCAUACAACUGUCCAAGGAGAAUCUGGAAAAGUUGAUACGGCCAUUUUCUAUCUCGGAGAAAUGCAAUAUGGAGAACUCUUGUUUUAUUUCCAGAAUGCCGUAUUUGAGCCAUCUAUUGAAGUUUUUGAAGGUCAGUUGCAAAACUCGCACUGGGAUGCUUCUCGCAAUCAAUUGCGUAUCAACUAUCAACAAAGUCAAGUCAUUCGUUUGAUGAUAUCUUCUCAACAAAGACCACUUUAUUUGAUCUUGGCUAGUCGUGAGGUUGCAAAGAGGUGGUGGAAUAUAGAAUCCAAUGAAGGGGAUGUGCUAGUUAGUGGUCCUUAUUUAGUAAGAAGCGCAAAGUAUACGGAGGAUGGAGGGUUACAUUUGAGAGGUGAUACUGAGAUUGAAACGCAACUCAAAGUAGUGCCAUCAAAAGUCACAACAUACCUUACGUGGAAUGGUGAAUAUUUAGAGAAUGUGAAACAUGAAAGUCCACUUACUUUGGUUACUACACUUCCAGGACCUCCGCCUGUUAUCUUACCUUCAUUAGACUUUUGGAAAUUCAAAUAUGGAACACCGGAAAAGGAGCCAUCGUUUGAUGAUAGCGAUUGGAUAGUUGCAGAUAAGAAUCAUACCAAUUGUCCAUUCAAGCCUAUAACUCUUCCUGUUUUAUAUAUGGAUGAUUAUGGUUUCCAUGUAGGAGAUGUAUGGUUUCGAGGUCGAUUUUCUUCCGAAGAGACAGUUAAGGGCAUAGUCUUGACAGGAGAAGGUGGUGAUUUUAGUGUUUAUUCAGUAUGGCUAAAUGGUCACUUUUUGGGAACAGCAGAGAAUGGAACAGAAACAUUUUAUUUCAAGAAGGAAGAGUUAGUAUCACAAGGUGACAAUGUGAUUGCUAUUCUAUUGGAGAAUAUGGGCCAUGAUGAAGAUUAUACCAAUACUCAUAACAAAUGGCAACAUCCAAGAGGUUUAGUACAAGCACGAUUGAUAAGUGGUUGUAGCUGUAAUAGUGAUACCUCAGAUAUUCCUAUAUAUUGGAAAAUUCAAGGUAACUUGAGAGGUGAAGAAUAUAUUGAUUCAGCUCGAGGUCCAUUCAAUAAUGGUGGUUUGUAUGGAGAACGUCAUGGAUGGUAUCUUCCAGGUUUUCCAGAUGAAGACUGGGAACAAAUUAUUCUUCCUCAUCGAUUUUCAGAUGCAGGUGUUGCUUGGUAUAGAACAACCUUUGAGUUGGAUAUACCUGAAGGUGUCGAUGCUUCCAUUGGAGUACGAAUAGAAGAUACAGACCCGAAUAGUCGUUACAGGGCUCUUAUCUUCUUAAAUGGCUGGAUGCUCGGUCAUUAUAUUAAUUAUGUGGGACCACAACAUUUCUUUGCUUUACCAACUGGAAUACUUAACCCAAGAGGAAGCAAUCAACUUUCUAUUGCUGUUUGGGGACAAGAAGGUGGAGAAGGCCUGUCUCAUGUUGCUCUGGAGACAUAUGCUGUUCAUCUUGGUGGUGUUCCAGUGGAAAUGGUUUACAGUCCGGACUAUAAGGAGCUCUUCCAGUGAUCAACUGUUAAAGUGGUUUCGAAACAAAUUUGUGGUAUUUGUUCAUCACGCAAAUAAAUGUGCUUUGUUUGUGGUUUCUAGAAAAGUUUUAUGAAUAUUAUGAAUAGACUAUUACAACUUAAGGUUUACAUGGAUACAAGUCUCCAGCUUGAUUCUCACUUGUACACCACUAUCAUUUAACACCAAAGAGGAUACCGAAACAAAGAUAGAGUCAGCAAGUACUGAAAACGUUUUGUUUAGCUGUAAAACAAUAGACUCAGCUUAUCUCACAAAAUGUCGCUUCGAACUAAACAUUACAGAAAACAACUCAUCCAGAUGUCUCUAGUUUAUAUUCAGAUUGAAUCGUCAUGAUUCUGAUGAAAGCAGCCAAUAACUGUCAAGAUUGCCAGGAUUUGCAACGUUUUCCAUAAUUAGAAAUAAAUGUCAUUAAAUAGAA